GGUUACACAACUAGACAAGCACGCAAAAUGGCUUCAAAUCUGUGGCAUUACCUCUCUCUGCCCACCGCAGUCUUUACCUCUCCGGUCGCUGCGAUCCUGACUCCAGUGGCUGCCGGUGCACUGGUCGGAUACACGACAACUUCGGUCGGCAACACCCAAUCCAUAUACAAAGCUCUACGCCAGCCACCUCUCUAUCCACCCGGCUGGGUCUUUGGUCCUGUCUGGACUAUGCUCUACAGCGCAAUGGGAUACGCUAGCUACCGCGCCACCGUCGCCGGUCUCGCGUCGCCGUCCUCCACGAUUCGCGAACUAGCGUACACCUCUCAGACACUCUACACCAUCCAGCUCGCCACGAAUCUCGUCUGGAUGCCCCUCUUUUUCGGAAUGCGCAAACCCCUCGCUGCCUUUGUUGAUAUUCUCGUCGUCGCGGGCACGGUGUUGGGUUUAGCGAAUAACUAUCGCAAGAUUGAAGGCGUUUCAUUUUGGUUGUUGAUGCCGUACUUGGGAUGGUUGGGCUUCGCGUCGUAUUUGAAUUUCGGGGUGGGAUAUUUGAAUGAUUGGGAUAUUUCAGAUGAGAAGAUCGGUCGCGCGAAGAAGAGUAAUUAGUUAUGUAACUAGCAGUCUGUACUUGUUGCAAGAUUAUUAUAAACUCACAUGCUAGAGUAG